AAGUUUACAGGCGCAUCGGACCAUUCUAAUGUCUCAAUGUUGGGCUUGGAAAGUAAUUCCCCAAACUGCACAUCAGAAGCUCAAUGGUUUGUUGGCAUCUACACUGUCGCCAUUUACGCUCCAUUGGCAUUAAUCUAUAUUGUGGUGGCCAGUCUUUUCAUAAGACAUCCCAAUGUUUUUCAUCCAUUAUUCGUAAUAUCAUUCUUUUUGGUUUUACUUGCCCACACCACAUCCAACUUUAUCCUAUUCUUUCGGAACCUUUUAGAAUUCUUCUUCAUUAAUCAGCUAUUAUUUUCUAUACUUGAAUUCAUUUUAAUAUCUGCUAAUUAUUAUACUCAACCAAUUGUGAUUCUGGCACUGUUGGAACGUCUAGCAGCUACAGUUUUUGUGUCAAAUUAUGAAAAAUCAUGUCAAUGGGUACCUUAUAUUUGCGGUCAAUUCAUUUGUAUUGUAUUCGUAGUUCUUAUGAGCCUAUACCAACACGAAGAAUCAUUUGUGAAUAAUAUUCAAGUGGCUCUUUCAUUUGUAAUAUGUUUGUGUCUCGUUGUUUUGUUUCUGGUGAACCGGUACAAAACAGCAAACUCAGUUGGAAAGUCGACUUUGACAACUAGAUAUCAAUUGGCUGAAAACAUCAAAGCAUUGAGGAUAUUUGUGCCAUUUAUUGUACUUGACAAUGUUAUAUCAUUGAUGUUCGUAAUCACUAGCUACACAAUAUCAAUAGCUAGAAAGUUCGAUGAGGACGAAUGCAACAAAGAUCCUCGUUAUGUGCCUAUUUUUAUAGUCUUCCGAACGAUAGCAAUAAUAAUUCAAAUCUCAAUGGCUGUAAUAGUUGUCUACAUGCAUGAGUCGAUGAAACUCUGGAGCUUCAAAGAUUGUUACCGAAGUAAUCGGUCACAAGACGUUAGUAUCACAAUGGUUAGACCUGAUAUACUCAAAAUAAAAAAUGUACUGGGUAAAAACAUUGUUGAACAAGAAACUGGAGAAAAUUAUUUUGCACAAUUGAGUAAGCAGUGGCAAAAGGUUUAAGGAGAAGAAAACAAAUGGGCAUUUGAAUAUAUGUAUUAUUUAUAUGUAAAUAAAUUGAUUUUUUUGAAUCGCUCAAA